CCCACACGGCAGUCCUUGGGCAUAAUGAAGGCCAAGCUCAAGGGCGCUGAGACGGGACACAGUCUACUAAAGAGGAAAAGCGAAGCUCUAACGAAGCGUUUCCGAGAAAUCACCCGGCGCAUCGACGAGGCCAAGCGCAAGAUGGGGCGGGUGAUGCAGAUUGCGUCGCUAUCGCUCGCCGAGGUGACGUACGCGGUUGGGGGAAACAUUGGGUACCAGAUCCAGGAGUCGGCCAAGUCGGCGCGCUUCCGCAUCCGCGCCAAGCAGGACAACGUGUCGGGCGUGCUGCUCCCGGCCUUUGAGAGCUACCUGACCGAGGGCAACAACGACUUCGCCAUGACGGGGCUCGGCAAGGGCGGGCAACAGGUCCAGCGGUGCCGGGAGACGUACGCCCGGGCCGUCGAGGCCCUGGUCGAGCUCGCCAGCUUGCAGACGGCGUUUGUCAUCCUCGAUGAGGUCAUCAAGGUUGUUAAUCGGAGAGUGAAUGCUAUCGAACAUGUCAUUAUCCCGAGGACUGAGAACACUAUCAAGUACAUCAACGCAGAGCUCGACGAGCUUGAUAGAGAAGAGUUCUACAGACUUAAAAAGGUUGCAAACAAGAAGCAACGGGACACUGCCGAGCAGGAUGCCGAGAUCAAGAAGAGGAGGGAAGCGCAUGAAGCGAGUGAUCGGGAGAAACAAGCGUCAGAGGCACAAGAAACCGGCCCCGCGGAUAUUCUAGCAGCUGAAGAAGACGAAGACGUCAUCUUCUAAUGGACAGGGCCACCCUCCGGUUUGGCUGUCUGGUUUGUAAAUUUCUCGUUAUACCUGUCGCUUCAUAGGCAUAGGCGCAUGUAGGGAGUUAUUCUGUUGUGUAUUGCAUGGGCUGCAAUGGGUAUCUAUGGUUCUUUCCUGAUCUCAACCUCUUCCCUGAGCGUAACCCGGCCACAGAGAACCAAAACGCCUCACCUGAGCUAUCCGUAAAACUGUUCAUCCU